AUGGCUGCACUUUUCGCUCUCGGCAUGAGCUGUCUCGUCUUCUGCAGAUGGGGAGGCUUUGGUGGACACAAUCAGCGCCACUGUGCUUGGACCAACGAUGGGGAAUGCCGGUGGAUUCUCAUACCGCUCGGACGGCUGGCUAAUUUCUUACAUUAUCAGAAGAAUCAUAGUUAUGCGGGAGCAACGAUGGUGGUCAUCAUUGGGUAUGCAAUACGUGGACGUGCUGGUGGACGUCUUGCUACAUGGCCACGAGACGAAGAUGGCAUCAUUGUGCUCGACGAGUCACUGCUUCGAUGA